ACUACUUGUCGAAAACAUAUCCACCAAAACCAAUUUCAUCAUAAACACAAAUGGCUUCUAGUGAUGAAACACCAGGGCCAAUGCCACCAGGUGAUGGGUCUGUUCCUCCAGGGAAAUCAGUGUCAAUUGGACAACAUGUUAUUGACAAAGGUGCUCAAUUGUUGCAGACAUUGAAACCCAUCAAACACAUGAACCAACAUGUCUGCACUUUUGCUAUGUAUAGUCAUGAUAUGACUAGGCAGAUUGAGACACACCACUAUCUGAGUCGAGUCAAUCAGGAUUUCUUACAGUGUGCUGUUUAUGAUUCUGAUGAUUCCAAUGGACGCCUUAUUGGUGUAGAAUACAUAAUAUCGGAUCGAAUAUUUGAAACUCUUCCAGCAGAGGAACAAAAGCUGUGGCACACUCACGAGUACGAGAUUAUAGCAGGACUUUGGGUGAACCCAAGAGUUCCAGAGAUGGUCCAAAAGCCAGAACUUAAGAAUCUUGCUCGAACUUAUGGCAAGUUUUGGUGCACCUGGCAAGUUGAUCGAGGUGAUAGGCUACCACUUGGAGUACCAGCAUUGAUGAUGUCUCCACAAGGUGUAAAUUUGGGCAUGGUGGCACCAGAGUUGGUGAAGAAGAGGGACGAAAGCUAUGGCAUUUCUUCAAAGGAUUUGGAGGAGAAAAGGGUGGAUAUUGCAGGACCAGAGACGACCAUGAAUCCCUAUGCAAACUACUGGAUGCAAACUGGCAAGGGCUUUGCCAUUGAUGUGGAGCUCACUGAUAUGAAAAAGACUGCACCUUUUCCAUGAGAAGUAUAAUCAAUUAGAAAUUAGAGUAGUCUAUAUGACAUGCAUCAGUUAUUAGCAGUACUGUUAGUAUGUCCUAUUCUAGCAUGUAUUUGUUCAAUAAUAUAACUUCUCUUUCAGUAAUAGCUUAAGUCGUCGUCUUCCUUUUCAUUUUC